AUGGAGACCAAAACUGCAAAUGCACACAAGAGCAAAGCCUCACUGGGUCCCACCCAAUCGCUGGGCAAACUCGCGGGGGGUGGAAAAAGCCAAAAACGUUGGGCACCUCUUUCGGUGUUGCUGGAGCUCGGAAUCAUAGGCAUCUGCGUAGUCUGCCUUUCCAUCGGCAACACCGGAUAUCUGUCGCUGAGCACGGUGCCGCAGACCAAUGGGCAUUGGACCCUUUGGUCAGAGAGUUCCAUAACCUUUGGAUAUGGAAUAGUGGUGCAGAUAGCCCUUCUCGGUCCUCUUCAACUUGGUCGAAAGAUUUCGCAACACUGGCUAGCUUCGAAAAUUGUCUCGAAGGGCAUAAAGUUUCGUCAGAUGGUUACCGCAUGGUCCGUCAUCUACUGCAACUCCCAUCGUGGCGUGGAGGAUAUUUGGAGAGGAUGGAGCGCCAUUACAUUCUUCAUGCUCGUCGUAUAUGUGGCGGAAGUGAUUGUCAUCGAAUUCCUCAAGGAAAUUUUGGUGUUGGGCUCAUCACAUGUUCCGCUCUGUCAGGUUCCAUCGACGAGUUUGCCGUUGCUUGGGCCUUAUCAAAGUAAUCGGACAACGAUAUCCGCGGCACCUCUCGUCACCCGGAUGGCGCAAAAAACAAUUCUGGGUCUUGGUCAACUUUACGAUCCACUGACGCUUUCCGGGCUCGUCAUCGCAAAUGGGACGGGAUCCGCGUGCGAGAGCACCACUUGCACCGCUGAAUCAUCUGUGAUACUGUCUCCACUCACCGCCCCGACGGCAGCAUCGGAAAGUUUUGGGGACCACCCUUGGCCUGCCCCGUGGGACACUCUAGGCCGAAACGACCGUGUAGUUGGGGAGUUCUCUUCCCUUACUGCUGAUGUCUCAUGCUCGCCGAAAGCUUUCGAAGUCGUUGCAGACCCUCAGAUGUGCAUUGACCGAAGUUGUUACAUAUACUAUACGGUCAAUGCUUCAGGUACCUCAAUGUUCUACAACAUCUACUCCCUCGACACUCAGUUCAAGGUGGGCACGCAAGUCUCCCUGAUAGCAUUGUAUGCGGAGGAGGUCGGCAAGUACGGGCGGAUAGCUACUAUCGACGACAGGCUGUACUUUGGGGUUCUCGUGAACAGUCUGAAUGGGACUGAGUUUGCAAACAUGAACAACGGCUACUCGAGAAUAGCCGAUGCCGAAGCGCAUCCCAACACGACGGUUUUCUUUAGCUUCGCCCUUUGCAGCGCCGGUUUUAAGAUUGGAAGGGAGGUCGCGACCAUGGAGGUUGUAUCCGUGGUCCCCUCGUUGAAAGCUUCGAUUUCCGGCUCACGAAGAUCACGGGAGCCCGAGACAUACAGGAUUUCCGACGACACCGGGGGGUAUGGCCUCGCUCGAUACGUAUAUGAAGUCUUGACGCACAUAACGUGUGACACGCUGCUGUGUUCAAUCUUCGAGAAUGAAGUCCCUUGGUUUGACCCGCUUAUUGGAUUAUUGAAAGUCGACGCGGCAGGCAAGGCUAUUGUCGAUCCGGCGAAUCAGAUGCAGAUGAUUUCAGCAGCCGUCGCACGUCUUCUCGCGCUCUCCGCCGCCUCCUUCACGACAAAUGUGAUAGAUCCCGCAACCACUCUUCCCGCCGUGACAACGUGCGAGGUCUAUUCAGACGAAAUCAGCUACGAUAUCUACAACGCACGUGUCAUGAAUGGUGUGCUCACUGUAGGCCUCACAUGUGCUUGCGUGCUUCUCAUUUGGGACCCGAUAAUGAAAAUCUGGACCAUAUUCGCCAAGGAUGAGACCACGGCGAAGAAGAAAGCGAUAGUAAUUGGCAUGACCGAGAGCAUUUAUGUUUUGCUCAAAGGCCUUGCGCCUAGCAGCACCUUAUACUCGCUGAUGCCCGAAAUGUCCGAAUCAACGCCUGAGGACGCCCGAAAAGCAAUCGGUGGACAUCUGCUCGAGCUGAAAUCAAACAAUGCUGGGCUCACCGCAAGAUUGUUAGAUGAACGUCAGCGCAAUCUGAAAAUGACAAAGGAGUUGAGGGAGGAAGAUGGAGAGAGCGGUGACGCAUAUCAUGCCGAUCGCAGCGCAUAG